AUGUCAUUUUUGGAUUUUUGUGAUAUGUAUGGCAUUAAACAUGAAUUUUCUGCACGUAUUACCCCCCCACAGCAAACUGGAGUUAUUGAGAGGAAAAAUAGGGUUGUUCAAGAGAAAGCUAGGGUUAUGCUUCUUAGUAAGAAAGUUCCUCUCAAGUUUUGGGCUGAAGCCUUAAAUAUUGCUGUUUAUGUGGUGAAUCGUGACACAAGUUCUCCAAUAGCAUCUUUACAUGAGGAAGAAGAUAGUGAUCCUCAAAAUCUGGAUGUGGCACCACAAAGUCAAGGAGAAGCUCAAAGCAAAGCUCAAAGGCGAACAAACACCAACUCCCAUGCUAUGGUGGAAACUGCUCGAGAUCGCCCAAUAGCGUCUAGGAGACGUAAUGUUGUACUUUCUCAAAAAGUGGCUAAGAGACAUCGGCACACUCGUAAGGCUAAGGAUCAAGGUAGUGAAGUUAAUGAACAUGACAUGAAUGACAUAGGUGCUGCUCUAGCAAAAAUGGUUAAGGUUGAAAACGAUGGGGGCAAUCAAUUGAAUGUGAGUGACACGGGUGAUGAUUUAGGUGAUGAACCAAUAGAUAUGGGUGAUGAACCAACAGACAUAGGUGAUGAUCCGGGUGAUGAACCAACAGACAUGGGUGACUAUGAAGACCAACCAGCAGAUACAACUAAAAAAGUUAAUGAUGAUCUUACUGGACCUUUUCCUGGAAGGCCAUAUGAUCCUUCAAUUUUGAAGAGUUUUCAUUGUCACGUAGCAACAAAAGUUUGGCAAAAUAAUGAACGUGGAAUACUUAAAUGCUUAAAUCAUGGCUUUAAAGUUAGUGAAUGGUCAUUCAACUUGGAAGAGAAUGAACAGUCCAAAUUUCAUGGUUUAAUUAUGGAUUCGGGGUUGAUUUCUUUAGUGAGUUGCUCAUAUAAAUUUGUAAACAAAGUUGUAGUUUCGGCCUUCGUGGAAAGAUGGCAACCAGAGACAAACACGUUUCAUCUACCCUUUGGUGAGAUCUCACCAACCUUAGAUAAUGUUAGUGUAAUUCUAGGGAUUCCAGUGAUUGGUAAAUUAGUCUCUUGCAAGAAGUUAUCAAAUGUUGACACUGCAAAUCUGCUAAUUGAGGCCUUGGGAGUAACAAUAGAUGAGACAAAUGUAGCGUUGAAGGUAGCACGGGGCCAGCCUAUCAAGGUAGAAUGGUUGAGACAACGGUUUAGGUCAGUGUCUGAUGCAGACAAUGAUAAUGCCAUUGAGUGUGCAGCUAGGGCAUAUUUGUUAUAUUUGUUAGGUUGUACCUUAUUUGCAGACAAGACUGGCACACGUGUUCCGGUAGUGUAUUUGUCUUUUCUUAUGGAUUUGCGACCAUUUGCUUCUUAUGCUUGGGGCGCAGCCGCAUUGGCUUUUUUAUACCGGCAAUUGGGUACUGCCACAAGGUAUGCCGUGAAAUAG